UGUCCACACAAGAAUCUCCAUUCGAAAGUUGGGGUUGAGAGAGAGAGAGAGAGAGAGAGCGAGUGUGAUGAAUCAGACGAAAAUGGAGAGAAUGAAGGUCUCUGCGAGUGCCAGUGCGAUGGUAGUAGUGUUAUUGGGGUUUGUUGUUCUCCUCAGCUUCGUCGGCCAACUCUCCUCCGCACUCUCCAUCACCGUGAACGACGUCGAAUGCGUCUACGAGUUCGUCUUCUUCGCCGGCGACACCGUCUCCGGCAACUUCGUCGUCGUCGAUCACCACGUCUUCUGGAACUCCGAACAUCCCGGCAUCGACUUAAUCGUGACAUCUCCUGGAGGCAAUGUGGUGCACAGUUCGAAGGGAACAUCUGGGGACAAGUUUGAGUUCGAGUCCCCUAGUAGUGGAUUGUAUGAAUUCUGUUUUCAUAAUUCUCACUCAGCAAUAGAGACUGUCUCUUUCUACAUACAUGUUGGCCACAUUCCUAGUGAACAUGACCUUGCAAAAGAUGAACAUUUGGACCCUAUUAAUGUUAAGAUUGCUGAGUUGAGGGAGGCAUUGGAAUCUGUUAAGGCAGAGCAGAAGUAUUUGCUAGCCCGUGAUACUCGUCACCGUCAUACAAAUGAGAGCACUCGAAAGCGUGUCACAUUUUACUCAAUUGGAGAGUACAUUUUACUGGCUCUUGCGAGUGCGCUUCAAGUCGUGUAUAUACGCAAGAUGUUCAGCAAGUCGGUUGCAUACAACAGGGUUUGAGGCAUCUUGCUGAAGCCUCCUGGAUUGCUCUGUAUCUUCAUAGCAACUGGGUCAGUUUUUUUGGAGAGUCGAACAGUACAGAUGAGUAUAGAGAAACAUUUCUUGUGGAUAAACAAUCCAUAUGUUGGAUCAUGCUAAUUUAGAGCAGAACUUUUGGACGAUAGUGGGUUUACUUUUACCUUUUUUGCUGUUUUGAUUUGAAUGAUGUGAAAACAAAACAUUCUUGGGUAGGAAAAGCAGUAUGCAAUUUGAACUGAAAAAAGGUUUAUGGUCUCA